UUCUCUCAGAUAUUGCUAGCAUCUUGUUGCUAGACACUGGGCAUCUUAGAUUUUAUUUCCUCUUUGGGGCAUUAUUGGAGAUUGAGUCUCAGUUGUCUUUUCUUGUAUUCUUGUAUUCAUUUUGAGAUUUUGGGGCUUUUUAUUUUUCAAGCUUCUUGAUUAUCGUUACAAAAAUGUGAUUAUGCAGUUUAAUGAUCGAGAGAUGAUAGAGGCAUGGAGCCCUGAAGUAGUCUGCAUGAGAACAUAAAGUCUUUUUUUUGCUUUGGAAGACAUGAAUACUUUAUUAUGGAAGAAUUUCCACAGGAUUCCCAAGAGCAGAUUGUUCCAGCCAAGAAUGCUGUGUCUGUAUAACAAUACUCAUGGUUUUGAAGAAGAUGAAAUAAAGAAAAAGCUUCAGCAGUUUAUGGGUGGCUCUGUCAACCUGUCCAAAGAAGAUGAUGGGAUUGGAGUACUUACACUGAACAAUCCAAGGUUUAUGAAUGCAUUUACAGGAACAAUGAUGAUAGAACUACAGGAGAGAAUUACUGUACUAGAAGAUUGGAAAGAUGGGAAAGGACUUAUUAUCCGUGGUGCAGGAAAUACUUUUUGCUCAGGAUCUGAUCUGAACGCAGUGAGAGCACUUUCCAGCUCUCAGGAUGGGAUGAACAUGUGUAUGUUCAUGCAAAACAUCUUAACCAGGCUCAUGAGGUUACCUUUAAUCACAGCUGCAUUAGUUCAAGGGAAAGCUCUAGGUGGAGGAGCAGAACUAACUACUGCAUGUGAUUUUAGGUUAAUGACUCCAGAGAGUGAAAUUAGAUUUGUCCACAAGCAGAUGGGCUUAGUGCCAGGUUGGGGGGGAGCUGCCAGGCUUACCCAAAUCCUUGGCAGCAGCUCUGCCCUCAAGUUGCUGAGUGGUGCUGUGAAACUGGAUCCACAGAAUGCCCUUCAUAUUGGGUUGGUAGAUUCCAUCUUGUCCUCAUCUGAUGAACACGAGUCUCUGAGAGAAAUGCAUACAUGGCUUAAGCUAUAUACCACAGGCCCUGCUGAAGUCAUUCAGGCCGUGAAGAAAGUUGUUUCAGCAGGAAGAGAGCUACAAUUAGAAGCUGCCUUGAGGAGAGAAAAAGAGAUAUUUGGAAGAGUUUGGGGUGGUCCUGCUAAUUUGCAGGCAUUGGCUCAGAGAACAAAACAUAAAUGAGACAAUUUUCAUCUGACUUUCUUCAACUAAAACAGCUGCUGCCAAAGACGACUGGUGGGAAACUUUCCAAAUAUUAUGAACUCAGUAGGUGUUAGCCUUAUUAGGACAGCUCUCCUGGAAUGCCACUGGCACUGCACUGACAAUUAGAGGUGCCACACCAGGUUUUUUUCAACAAUGCUCUCAUUUUCUGGUCUUGCUUGUUUUUUUUCUACAGAACCCCACCCUGAUGGUAUCACUUGAUAUGAACCCAUUUGGAAAUUAAUGUGCAUAAAGUGGUAUGCUUUUAUAAUGUAAGAACCGUAAGACUUGACAAAAUAAUUUUCCUCAAUUUUUAAAUGCUGGCAUUAUGUGUGGUUUGUAUAUAUAGAUUUUGUGUUGAGAAGUUGCUUUUUUUUUUAGACAGGCUUAGUUGACAUUGGUAACUUCAAAUCUCAAUCACUCUUGCAGAUGAACACAAAUAAUUUUUGAUUCGUACAUGUCAUACUUUUGAAUAACUAGCUCACUGUGAAUUGACUCACAACCCCAAAUCAAAACUGAAAAAUGCCAAAUGCUUUUUCUUCGUAUUGUAAAUUGUUCCUUCUAUAUUUAUAAGCAAAGCUCCUGCCUUCAAGCCUCACAUCUAAUUACUGGGUUCUUGAUCUGUGAACAGAACUCUUGGAGACAUUCAGUUUCAUUGUAAACUUCUUAUCUUCACUUUAUAUUUUAUAAAGUUGAAGAAAUAUUCACUUGGAUGUAUGGCAAAAUGUGACAUUUUUGAUAUUUGUAUACUAGUUGCAACAUCUAUGAAAUUUGUUUAAUGGCUUGAAGUCUAUGCAGCACAUAGAGGUAGUACCAACAAUCUAAAGAUAACAUUCCAUUGACCUUACCUGUGCUAAUUAGCUUGUAUGAAGCAUCUUGGAUGAACCAGUUUUUUUCAGUUGUCCAUAUUCACACAUUUACUUGACAUAUGCCAUGGUACAAGUAAAGUAUAUGCUGUAGUUCUCAGUACAUUCUACAUAUACCAUGUUUGGCUUACAUUAGCUGGUCAGACAUAAUAGUGUAAACAAGCCUAUGCAACAUUUUUGAUGCACUUCCCAAAAUGCUUUGGAAUACACGUCAUAGUAAAUAGAACACUUGAAUAUGAUUUUUUCCAACAGAAGUUCAUUUUCCCAGGAUAUUGUAGCAGUUGGGUUCUAUGUUUUCUGAAGGGCUAUUUUGGAAUCAAAUCCAAACAACUGCAUAACUUUAAAAUUAAUUUUGAUGAAUAAGCUUACACUAUAAUAAUAUUCAACAAUCUAGGCACCUGUUGAGGGAGUAAUGUCUUUACUUAUUUGCUGACGCAGCAUAAAACACAGCUGCAUACAUAUCUACUCUAAUGUAUCAGUAUAUUCUAUUGAACUUCCUACUAAAAGGAAAAUGUGUAUGUAAUGUUACAACUGUGCUCUAGUCCUUAGAUGUUAAAGUUUGAAGUAGUGGGUGAAUUCAUCAAUCUAGAUUACCUUAACAGACCUCUGUUAAAUAUUAACUGCUUUUGCUAAAGAAAAGGACUUCUUUGCUGAACUUGCCUUUAUUAAGUACCUCAUUUCUAUACUUUUCUUGAAAUCAGAGUAGGUGUUCUUCCCAGUUGCAGAGAGAAGCAUGAAGAAAGUGGCAAGGCCUCGGGAAACAGGAGAGAAUUUUGUUCUCUUAGUUCACAAGAUGUGAUACCAAAAUAAAAAUCUAACCUUCCCUGGGGGGGGGGGGGGAGGGGGAGGAGUUCCAUCAUUCACCAUUCUAAUUAAAGUUGAACAUAUAGUUAAGGACAUUAGAGCAAUUUGGGAACAUCUACAACUAGGAAUUGAUCUCUUCAAAUCAGCAGAUAUGUUUAUUGCAGUAGCCUUGAAAUUAAGGCCUGGUGAUAUCUUGUAAGCAGAUUUGAGCAUCUAUUUCGCAAUUAGAUGCUCACUAAUUCACUAGUAGAAAGAGAUAUGGGAAGGAGAAUUUUUAAAAAUCAGUUAAGCACAUUCAGUUGUUCAUGAGUCAGAUAUUUUCUUCAGUAAAAUACAUAAUUGGCAUUUCUACUUUUAAUUGGAGUCCAUUAUGUCUCUCGCCUCAAAACUUUUUCACAUGUGUAUUAAUAAACAUUAAUACUUAUUCAUAUUAAUGUUAAUAUGAAUUAUGUCAUUGUUCAGUUAACCUUUCAAUGUUUUGUUCAAUUAUGUAAAGAAGAUCUAGGAACAGAAAUAAAUUAUUUAAAUAACUCCA